UCAGCCCAGAGAGAGAGAGAGAGAGAGAGGAGAGAGAAAAGUGGGGGACAUACCACUUUCAUUAAUAAACUCCCUUGAAUAAUUGAGUGAAAGACAGAAAAGAAAAGAAAAGAAAAGAAAGGAAAAGAAAAGAAAACAGGCAGGCCCCCCCUUCUUCCUCUCCCUCUUCCUCUCUCUCUUCUUCACUGUUACUAAAUUUUAGUACUGCAUUGCCCAAUUUGAAGACUGGAGACUACAGAGAGUCAGGAGUAGCCAAGCAAAAGCAUUAAGCAACCACAACUCUUCUUCAAUUGCGUUCUGAUUGUAGAAACAGAGUGCUCUGUUUUCUCUCUCUCUCUGGUUCUUCUCUGUUCUCAGUUGUCGAAGAUGCCUAGACCAGGUCCAAGACCCUAUGAGUGUGUUAGAAGAGCUUGGCACAGUGAUACACACCAACCCAUCAGAGGCUGUCUCAUCCAAGAAAUUUUCAGGGUUGUGAAUGAGAUUCAUAACUCAGCAACUAAAAAGAACAAAGAAUGGCAAGAGAAGCUCCCUAUUGUGGUCUUGAAAGCUGAAGAAAUCAUCUACUCCAAAGCCAAUUCUGAGGCUGAGUACAUGGAUCUUAAAACCAUUUGGGGUAGAACAAAUGAUGCCAUUGACACAAUCAUUCGACAUGACAAGAGUUCCGAAACCGGACAGCUUCUUCGGCCUUGCAUUGAAGCUGCUCUCAAUUUGGGCUGCACUCCAAGAAGAGCAUCAAGGAGCCAACGAAAUAACAAUCUGCGAUCCUACCUUACUACAACCUCUCCUUCGGGGCCUACUCAUGUUCCUCCCAACAAUCUAGAGAACAUAAUUCAGGGAAAUCAUACAAUGAAAUCGCCAUUCGUGUCUCAUAAUAAUUCAAACUUUAUAAAAUCUACUACCAUGAAUGCCAACCAUUUACGCUCCGAAUCUCAAUGUUCUAUCCCCCAAAAGGAUAAUCUAAUUUGUAGCAAGUACCACUUUUAUCCCUUGUACUAUGGAAACCAGCUUCAAUCUCAAGUAUCCGAGUUUAGUUUUGAAAUCCCUCCCAACUUGAACUCUGACAAUGCAACGCUUUCUGAGAUUGGUUGUGAUUUAGCAAAUUUGAGGGAAAAUACUGAGAACCCAUUUGGAAUCAGAUGUGAUUUGUCGUUGCGGUUAGGUCCUCUAUCGGUUCCAUGCGUAAGUGUUGAGAAUAGUUGGCCACAGGAGGUUGAAGAUGUCGGUUCAAAUACUUCUCCAGAGAAUAGAGAGUUCUCUUUCUUCCCCAAGGCCAAUGGUCAUGAUCCGUUGGACUCAUGUUCGAGUAAAUGGAGUUCUGUGACUGAGAAUAUGAAUAUAGAGACGACAAUGAGAAAGCGAAAGGCAACUUGUGACCCAUCAGAGGAUAGGCAAUUUUGUUGAGCAAUGCAGCGAAAAUGAAAGGCUCGGUUUGGAACGAUUUUGGAAAUAUAAUUCUACCCACCUAUUCUAAUUUCAUGUGUGGUUCCUACUUUCAAAUUGUAUUUCCACAAUCAAAAGAAAACUCCUGUCUCAGGCGCGAUUUUCAAAUUUUUUUUUUUUUUUCAAAUUUGGCCUAACCGGUCGUCCCACCGAUUGUCCGGUCGGUUAACCGGAACAAUGUAAAUUUUUUUUUUUUUUUGCAAUUGACACAUGUUAAUUUUUAUAUAUUCGAAAAAAAUAUUUUCCGAAUUUUUAAAUUUUUUUAUGUGCUUUAAUAAAAUUUUGAGUUGUA